AGGAGCGCUCUCUCCUCGCGGCCUCACAGAGAGCAGAGCGCAUGCGCACACCGGAUUAGAAUGUUGAGUAAAACUGACUAGAGCAGAGACGGAAAGACGAGCAAGCAAAUUCAAACAUAUUUUCUCCUUAGCGAAGUGAACAACCUAGAAUAUAACUUAUAAAAACAUGACGGAGCCCCAGUCAGCACUGUUACUCAGAAGACAGCUAGCAGAACUGAAUAAAAAUCCAGUGGAAGGUUUCUCAGCCGGUUUGAUAGAUGAUAAUGACCUCUACAGAUGGGAAGUGCUAAUAAUCGGUCCUCCUGAUACACUCUAUGAAGGUGGUGUCUUUAAAGCCCAUCUUACGUUUCCCAAAGACUAUCCUCUCAGGCCUCCUAAAAUGAAGUUCAUAACAGAAAUAUGGCAUCCAAAUGUUGACAAGAAUGGUGAUGUUUGUAUUUCGAUAUUGCACGAACCGGGGGAGGAUAAAUAUGGCUAUGAGAAACCAGAAGAGCGCUGGCUCCCUAUCCACACUGUAGAGACCAUUAUGAUUAGCGUCAUCUCUAUGCUAGCUGACCCCAAUGGAGAUUCCCCUGCAAACGUUGAUGCAGCAAAAGAGUGGAGGGAAGACAGACAUGGUGAAUUCAAAAGAAAAGUUGCCCGCUGUGUAAGAAAGAGCCAAGAGACUGCCUUUGAGUGAUAUUCAUCUAGCAGCUUGUAGCUUCACUAUUUUCAGGGUCUCCAGUUGAGAAACUACAUGGCACUGUUUUCUUGCACUCUACCACCCUAUUGCUGGACUGGUUUUCAUUGAAUGUUGGCAGUAACAGACUGGCAUUAAUAGACUGCAAUAGAACAUAAGGCCAUCACCGAUGCUGACAGAACGCGCCAAGCAAGUGCCAACAAAAAAAGAGAAAAAAAAACUUAAUUACGUUUUUUUUUUUUUUUUUUUUUUUUUU